GUGUGGGCUACGGGAUGAUGGUGGUGUCCACCUACAUCGGUAUCUACUACAACGUGGUGAUCUGCAUCGCCUUCUACUAUUUCUUCUCCUCCAUGACCAACCUGCUGCCGUGGACCUACUGCAACAACCCCUGGAACACGCCCACCUGCAACGGUGUGGUGACGCCCACGGGCAUCAACAACACCCUGGCCAAUGUCACCCACAGCCUGGUCACCAAGGCCGCUGAGGUCGCCGUGGAGGUGGUCAAUAAGACCAAGAGGACCAGCCCCAGCGAGGAGUACUGGAAACACUAUGUGCUGAAGAUCUCAGACGACAUCGGGAAUUUCGGGGAAGUCCGUCUCCCUAUUCUGGGAUGUCUGGCCGUGUCCUGGGUGGUGGUCUUCCUCUGUCUCAUCAGAGGAGUCAAGUCUUCAGGCAAGGUGGUGUAUUUCACAGCGACGUUCCCCUACGUGGUGCUGACCAUCCUGUUCAUCAGAGGCAUCACCCUGGAGGGAGCUGUCACCGGCAUCAAGUACUACCUAACCCCACAGUGGCAUAAGAUCCUUGACGCUAAGGUGUGGGGAGACGCUGCCUCUCAGAUCUUCUACUCUCUGGGCUGUGCAUGGGGAGGGCUCAUCACUAUGGCCUCCUACAACAAGUUCCACAACAACUGCUACAGGGACAGCAUCAUCAUCAGCAUCACCAACUGUGCGACCAGCGUGUAUGCAGGCUUCGUCAUCUUCUCCAUCCUGGGCUUCAUGGCCCACCACCUGAACGUGGAUGUAUCUGAGGUGGCCGACCACGGCCCCGGCCUGGCCUUCGUGGCCUACCCAGAAGCCCUCACUCUACUGCCCAUCUCCCCCCUCUGGUCCCUGCUCUUCUUCUUCAUGCUCAUCCUGCUGGGCCUUGGGACGCAGUUCUGCCUGCUGGAGACCCUGGUGACGGCCAUCGUGGAUGAGAUCGGUACUGACUGGAUCAUUAGGAACAAGACGGUGGUCACAGGAGGAGUGGCUAUAGUGGGCUUCCUGCUGGGGGUGCCGCUCACCACACAGGCUGGGAUCUACUGGCUACUGCUCAUGGAUAACUACGCUGCUAGUUUCUCUCUGGUUAUCAUCUCCUGCAUCAUGUGCAUCUGCAUCAUGUACGUCUAUGGACACAAGAAAUACUUCAAGGAUGUUGAGAUGAUGCUGGGUUUCCCCCCUCCCAUCUUCUUCCGGGUCUGCUGGAGAUUCGUGUCGCCCAUCAUCAUAUCUUUCAUCCUGAUCUUCACAGUGAUCCAGUACAAGCCCAUCACCUACAAUGACUACGUGUACCCCGGCUGGUCCCUAGCCAUCGGCUUCCUUAUGGCCAUGUCCUCCGUCACAUGUAUACCCGUCUAUGCUCUCUACAAGAUCUCUAAGUCUGAGGGAACAACAUUUUUGGAGCGGUUGAAGAAUUCAUGCAAGGCGGACAUAAAGUGGGGCCCGGCCCUGAGUGAGCACCGGAUAGGCCACUACGCCGCCCCAGGCUCAGAGGGAGAAGUGGAGGUGCGUCCCCUGAAAGAAGAGCUGAAGGAGAAGGAGGAUGAGAAGAGGGAUGAGAUCAGCCUCACCAUCCAGGGCAGCAACGGCUCCACAGCACACAACACUACCCCCAGCGCAUAG